AUGACUAUCACCAACUGUGAAAUUCCAACGGCCAUCGAAGCCUUCAGGAGAGGCUUGGAACGAGACUCCUCACUCUACGAUGAACUGACAAAAUACUCGUGCAAGACACUAGAUGACGUCCAAGCCAAGGCUAUGGCCCAUGUGCGACUAGAGGAGGAUAAAAGGGAUCAUGAUGAAAAGUAUUACCGGCCAAACAGGAAGAUCCUAACGACCAAAACCAAGGACUACAAGCUGUACUCAAGAGCAAACAGAUUGGAGGAAGGAUCCCAACCUCCCCCAACGUAUGACAGUUAUGGAUUCACAAUAACCCCAACGGAGAUGAUGAGGGAAUUCACCAAAAUGGGAGAUGCGGUCAAGUGGCCUGUCAAGAGCAACAAACCAAAAGCCAAUCCUGAGUCAAAACUAUGGUGUGACUAUCAUGGCGACUACGGACACAAGGCUUCAGACUGUGUCGCAUUACGACGUGAACUACAAUAUCUGGUCCGUAAGGGUUACCUGACAAAAUUCAUGGCCGGCAGGACGGCGAGUGUCACACGAGGCUCCCCACACAAAACCCCUUCAAAGCAACUGCCACCCCCACCGUAUCAGACAAUAAUCAACUUUAUAGCCGGAGGAAGUGAAGUAAGCGGGACUACGUACUCACAAGCCAAACGUCUAGCCAGAGGGAAGGGUCCACAAGUAUCAGCAGUUGUCGAAGUGGGCGACACCACACCUGCACUUGUCUUUGGUGACCCUGACAGACAACAUGUGAUGGAACCCCAACAUGACAGCCUAGUAAUAUCCCUACCCGUCGGGAACUGCUUCAUCAAGCGAAUCAUGGUGGAUAACGGCAGUGCUGCGAACAUCAUGAUGAAGGACACGUUGCGGCAAAUGGCCCUUGAGGAUAGUGACAUGAUCAAAAAAUCGACUACCUUAGUGGGAUUCAGUGGCGAAACCAAGAGGACCAUUGGAGAAAUCACAUCACCCACGUAUGUUAAAGGACUCAACAUACUGACAAAGUUUUUGGUGAUAGAUUGCGACUCAACGUACAACAUAAUCAUGGGUAGGCCAUGGAUUCAUGACCUAAAGGCUGUACCCUCCACCUUCCACCAAGUCCUCAAGUUCCCAACACCCUGGGGCGUCCAAGAGAUACGAGGAGAGCAAAGCAUGGCGAGGGAAUGUUACAAAACCUGUAUGAAACCUACGGCUCAAUGUGACGGCGUGCAAGACCCCAAAAUACCCAUGAAGGGACCAGAAAAGCUAGCAGAGAUAGAUCUGACAACCGGAGAUAAGAAAGUUCUUGUGGGAGAGGACCUGACACCCACUUUGGGAGCGAACCUCGUCGAAUUCCUCACAUCACGACUUGACACCUUUGCAUGGGAACUUGGGGACAUUACGGGAAUCAGCCCUGAUGUCAUCACACACAAACUGAAUGUGGAACCAGACUUCAAACCCAUACAGCAAAAGAGAAGGAAGUUCGCAGCUGAAAAAACAAGAUUGUCAACGAGGAAGUGUCACGACUACUACAAGCAGGAAUGA